GCGCACCCAGCUCAGCCAGCGGGUGGACGAGCUGGUGGUGCCGGCCACCAUGCUCAGCACCAUCCUGGAGGCUCCAGUGACGGAGCAGGAGUUCCUGGAGCAGCUGCACGAACUCAACAACAAGAUCAACUAUGUGAAGGAGCAGGCCUUCCGCGAGACCAUGGCCUGCGCCGACGUGCACCACGUGCUGGACCGGCUCAAGGUCAAGGCUGUGACCAAGAUCCGGGAGUUCGUCCUGCAGAAAAUCUACUCCUUCCGCAAGCCCAUGACCAAUUACCAGAUCCCCCAGAACGCCCUGCUUAAGUACAGGUCAGCUGGGGGGGGACAGGGAUCCCCCAGAACGCCUUGCUCCAGUACAGGAUGACUGGGGGGAUAGACAUAGGGUUGCCAGGUGUCCAGUUUGGAACCGGACUGUCCAGUAUUUGAGCUUUCUGUUCGGGAAACAAAAUUAAAAAAAAAAAGAGAAACUAGAACGUGGGUAUUUUCUACAUUCGAAGUCACGCAGAUUGUGAUGUAGUGUCAAGUGUGUCUGCUAUGUUUGUUGAAACCAUUGGCAACCCUAGAUAGACAAGUAUCCCCCAGAAUGCCUUGCUGCAAUAUGGAGGGAUUGGGAGGUACCCGGGAAUCUCACAGAACGCCUUGUUCCGUGUCAUGUUAACCAACGGGAGGCUUGCCUCUUGCUCCCUGGCAGGCGGGCAGGUCCCCAGGCAGGUCCCCAGGCAGGUCCCUGGGCAGGGGGGCGGUUCCA